AUGCCAAAAUCAAAAACGGAAAACUCUGCGUAUACUUACACCGGCCAUGGAUGGAAGCGCUUCCGCGCAUUGAACCCAGGCAAGGGCAUGUACCACGAUGUCCGCCGACGACUGCCCUACUACUGGAGUGAUAUUACAGACGCCCUGACAUAUCGAACAAUUGCAAGUACAAUCCGAAUGUACUUUGUCAACGUACUCCCUGCCAUCGCCUACACUCUCGACAUGUACCGACGCACAGGCGAGUUCUACGGCGUCAACGAGUCUCUUUUCUCUUCUGCACUGGCGGCGAUGAUCUUCAGUAUCCUCGGUGCACAACCGCUGACUAUCGUCGGGAUCACCGGCUUGAUAUCGCUCUUCAACUACACCAUCUACGACAUUGUGGUUAUAUAUGAGCCGGCCAUCUAUCCAAACUUCAUGUGCUGGGUUGCGAUCUGGGGUGCGAUAUUCCACUGGAUUGUUGCUGUGUGUAAUUUCUGCGACUAUAUGCGCUAUGUGACUGAUUUCUCGUCGGAAUCAUUCGGGGCGUAUGUUGGGAUUAUUUAUUGCAUAAAAGGAGUAGAAGAGCUAGUCAACGAGUUUACUGUUUACGGAUCAACAGCUGGGUUUCUGAGCUGUCUGAUUGCAAUUCUUUACUUCCUGACUAUAUACGGCCUGGAGUGGCUAGGAUCGAGCACAAUCUGCCGGGCCUGGUUCAGAGGAUUGUUGGCGGAUUACGCUUAUGUGAUUGGAACAAUUUUCUGGACCGGCUUCUCCCAUUUCCCAGGAACCCUCAAAUCCGGCGGUAUCUCGUUCGUCCCCAUAACGAAGGCAUUCUUCCCUACGCAGUCUCGGGGCUGGUUAAUCCACUUCUGGGAGCUGGAGGUGAAAUGGGUCUUUGCAGCUCUGCCGUUUGGAUUUUUGCUCAUGUUGUUGUUUUAUUAUGAUCAUAACGUCAGCAGCCUCACGGCACAAGCGCGCCAAUUCCCACUGAAGAAACCCGCCGGCUUCCACUGGGACUUUUUCCUGCUUGGAUACACUACUUUCCUUGCUGGUAUAACCGGUAUACCGAUGCCAAAUGGACUCGUUCCGCAGGCCCCCGUGCAUACCGACUCCCUAACAAUCUACGAAACAGACCUGCACAUAAUCAACACAACCUGCGACCCAAGCGAAGAAACCGAAAUCCGCCGCCCCGUAAUAAAAGCAACCGCCGUAGUCGAGCAACGCAUCUCGCAUUUCCUCAUGGGGCUCGCCAUAAUCGGGACAAUGACGGGCCCACUGCUUAUAGUGCUGCAUACUAUCCCCGCCGCGGUCUUCGCGGGCGUCUUCUUUAUCGUUGGAUGGGGAUCCAUUGAGUCGAAUGGGAUUUUGAAGAAGAUGAUUUUCCUCCUCCGCGAGAAGAGGUUUGUCUCGCGGGACGAGCCGCUUCUGACUAUAAAAAAGAGGAAAAUUGGGCUUUAUUUGGCCUGCGAGGUUGUUCCUGUUGCGGCCUGUGUGGCUAUAUCGCAGACGAUUGCUGCUGUCGGGUUCCCUGUCUUGAUCAUCGCCAUGAUCCCAUUUAGGGUUUGGGCACUGCCGAGGUGGUUUAGUGAUGAGGAACUUGGUGUUCUGGAUGACUUGACGGCCAGUAAUAGUGCUGUGCUGGGGAGUUUGGGUGGGAUGCCCUCGUUUGCAGGUGAAAGGGGAGGGAAUGAUGCUGUUCAGCGGAGACAUUCGCAUCAGCAAGGUGCUGUGAGGCAGCGGUCCGGGAGUAUUUCUCGAUAA